AUGGAUACAUCCACUAGAGGAUGCAAAAGUUGUGCUUCAAGUGAGCACGAUUUGCCCUUCGCCAUCGGCCCACUCCGAGAUGCUAGUGCAACGCCGAGACCAUUGCCCGGUCAUGUUUCUGUGACCGAUGAUCAUGGUGCUUCCCUACCAAACCUUGAACAGCCAACCCUGAACCCAAGCAACUGCGUCAUAAUCGUACAGAACAACUUCAUUGCAGAGGGGGGACCAUCAACAUAUUUUCAAGUCGCUGCAAUGGUUCAAAAAACUCACCUUGUAACAAAAGCCGUGACCAAGUUAAAUCACGUGACGACGACUGCAGAGCCCACGCCCUUGCAGCCUCCGUCAGCGAGGCAGACAGAACCAGCAGAGCAUGGUCAUGAAACUAUAGUGAUGAGCGGUAAUACGUUUGGCGAGUGCGUCAUGAUAAACGUAGGGUCGCCAGAUUGUACUGGAGCUGUUAAGCAAACCGCUCUAGCAUCCCAAACUAGCCCCAUCUAG